AUUCUCUCGUUUUCCCGUUUUCCCUGUGGCCGUAGUGAGUGAGUGGAAAGCUGAAUCUGCCUGCCUGCCUGGGAAUUUCGUUUAAGCACGUCAGCGGCCACUGCCAUGGCUGAACGCCGCGCCUUCGCCCAAAAAAUCAGCAGGACUGUGGCAGCAGAGGUCAGGAAGCAGAUAGCUGGCCAGUAUGGAGGCUCCCCACAACUCUUCAAAAACCUCAACGUUGGGACCACAACAAGCAACACAGUUCCCCUCACAGAGGCAGUGGAGCCAGUGGAUUUUGAGGAGUACCUCAUCACUCACCCUCCCAUUGUUGAGUCAGGUCCCCUGAGAGAUCUGAUUGAGUUUCCCCCAGAUGAUAUUGAGGUCAUCCACACACCCAGGGAGUGUCGCACAGUGGCACAAGCCGUCCCUGAGGAAGGGGACACUGAUCCUCAUGUCAGAGACUGUGUCAGAUCCUACACAGAGGACUGGGCUAUCGUCAACAGAAAAUACCACAAGCUUGGUACGGGCUUUAACCCCAACACUCUGGACAAGCAGAAGGAGCGUCAGAGAGGCCUGCCCAAACAAGUGUUUGAGGCAGAUGAGUUGCCAGACAGCAGCACCUACCAGGAUGAUCAGGAUGACCUGAAGCGGCGCUCCAUGUCUAUAGAUGACACCCCACGUGGCAGCUGGGCUUGCAGCAUUUUUGACUUGAAGAACUCCCUCCCUGAUGCCCUCCUCCCUCACCUCCUUGACCGUGCCCCCAAUGAGGAGAUAGACAGGCACAAUGAAGAGCAGCGCAAGGCCAACCGCCACCGUGAAGUCUUUGCUCUGCACCCCGCCCUUGAUGAGGAGGAACCCAUUGAGCGCCACUGUGUGCCUGAAGUACCUAAAGAACACUUUGGUCAGAGGCUACUUGUCAAGUGCUUGUCCUUGAAGUUCGAGAUCGAAAUUGAACCCAUAUUUGCUAGUUUGGCCUUAUACGAUGUCAAGGAAAAGAAAAAGAUAUCAGAGAACUUUUUCUUCGACCUAAACUCUGAGCAGACGAAGGCGAUGCUGCGUCCGCACAUUCAGACAGCAGCCAUCUCCACGCUGGCACGCUCUGCCAUAUUCUCCAUCACCUACCCCUCCCAGGAUGUCUUCCUUGUCAUCAAGCUGGAAAAGGUACUGCAGCAAGGUGAUAUUGGAGAGUGUGCUGAGCCCUAUAUGGUCUUUAAAGAGUCAGAUGCUGCCAAGAAUAAAGAGAAGCUGGAGAAGCUUCGCGGGCAGUCAGAGCAGUUCUGCCAGCGUCUUGGCCGCUACCGCAUGCCCUUCGCCUGGACUGCAAUCCACCUGAUGAACAUUGUGAACAGUGCUGGUAGUCUUGAGAGAGAUACGGAGCUGGAGAUGAGCCUCUCAGAGAGAAAAGGAUCAUGGUCAGAACGUAGGAACUCAAGCAUCAUGGGAAGACGUUCCCUGGAGAGGACCACCAGUGGAGAUGAGUCAUGCAGUCUAACAGGUUUUAGACCUGCAACACUUACUAUCACUAACUUCUUCAAACAGGUAUCCAAAACCAC